CGAGCCUCGGGUGUAGAGGAUCCAGCGCUGGUGAUCCAGCGCUGGUCAGCAAGUGUAGACACCCACCAGCAUUUUUAUUGACCUCCGUGGCAUAAGCAGGUAUCCCAGCAUACCUUAGAAGCCUCUCUGGUAAUCAUGCAAACUCCACUGCCCUGGGCUCACCUGACCCCUCCUUUAAAUGCCCCGGGAAUUUUAAAAAUCCCCUUCCUGUUUGCUCAGCAAGGUGUGGAGUGCAAUUAAUCAAUCAAUCACUCAGCGACCAUGCCUCCACGCACCAAACGAGCCCCAGCAUGGACCAAUGCAGAGCUGCAGGACCUCAUAAGUGUUUGGGGAGAGGAGGCUGUGCAAGCACAGCUGCGCUCCAGAAGGAGAAAUUAUGAUACCUAUGGGCAGAUAUCGCAGUCCUUGAUGAGAAGGGGCCAUGAACGGGACGCGUUGCAGUGCAGGGUCAAAAUUAAAGAGCUGAGGAGUGCUUACUGCAAAGCUCGUGAGGGAAAUCACCGCUCAGGAGCUGCCCCCACGACCUGCCGUUUUUACCAGGAGCUGGAUGCCAUACUUGGGUGUGACCCCACUGCCAAUCCUAGGAGCACGAUGGAGAGUUCAGAGCAGGGAGAAGUGGGGGAGGUUGUAGAGGACAGCGACAGUGAGGCUACUGGCAUGGAGGGAGACACCCCGGAGUCCCAGUACACAUGCAGCCAGGAGCUCUUCUCAAGCCAGGAGGAGGCUAGCCUGUCGCAGCAGCUGGAAGUUGAUGGUGAGGAAGAAACUGAGGAUCGUGCUCGGGUGACCUUGACUACUGCAGCCGAUCACCGGCCUCAUAGGCUGAGCUUUCAUGAGAUGCUGGUGGGCAGUUUGGCAGUAUUUUUCGACCCACCAAAGGUGUCUAACAGAGAGAAUGAUGAAGCAGGAGAAGGACCCAGACAUGGCAGACUCGAACUGGCUGAUGCUGCUCGGUACACUUGA